AUGGAUCCUUUACACCAAUACAAAUUGGACCAUAAUCCUAGACCAAGUGUACCUAUAUCUAAAGGAAUUGGAAAGUAUAAUUCCAGUAGCAUGGCAACUGCAGAGGUUAAUGCCACUGUUGCCACGACUAUCGUUGCUUUGGCUGAUAUUUUACUAAAUUUUCACAUUAAUAAAUUUUGA